CCGGAAAUGUCAACUCAGUGACUGCGAAGCGAAGUCCACUGCAUCAUAUCUCCACUUUAUAAUACAUGAUGGAUUGCUGAUUCAGUGAAUAAAGAACAGUCAUAGAAUAUCGUCAAAGAGCAACCUGCGAAUAUGACAAAUGUGUACUCUUUCGAUGGCAUCCUGGUGUUUGGGCUGCUGUUCAUCUGCACCUGUGCAUAUCUCAAAAAGGUGCCUCGCAUCAACAGCUGGCUGCUGUCAGAGAAGAAAGGAGUGUGGGGUGUCUUCUACAAAGCUGCGGUAAUCGGGACGCGGCUUCACAUCGCCGUGGCGAUUUCCUGUUUGGUCAUGGCAUUCUACAUUGUCUUCUUAAAAUGAUAAGAGCGAGACCGGACUG